AUUAAUGUACAUGCAUUCCGCGUAGAAAUCCAUUUACUUGCAUUGUGAAAUUACUGUGUUUAAAAACUCAUUAGCUAUCACGAUUCUUAACCAAUAAUAAUCGCUUUAAAAGGUCUGCGCGCCAGAAAUAUUCCUCAAAUUACGUAUCCUUAAAUUGAGCCUCCGAAACAUGGGUAACUCGGUUAGCUUCACCCCCAGUGUUCUCGCUGCCUCAGUGGAUCCCUCAAAAGACGUUCCUAAGGAGAAGCCCAAAUGCAAAGCAUGCUGCGCUUGCCCGGAAACUAAAAAAGCUCGUGAUGCAUGCAUUAUGGAGCACGGAGAAGAGAACUGUAGUGAGCUGAUAGAGAAGCAUAAACAGUGUAUGCGUGACAUGGGAUUCAACAUUUAAAGUUUAUUUUCAAUGUUUCUUCAGCUUAACUAACAUAGGUUUACCGUUACUGCGUGUGAGAUUUGUUUUGUUACGAUGAUCGUAUUAGGCAUAUAUGUAUAAACCGCCCAGAGGCAUGCAUACAACAACCAUGUACAUCAAGGCCUGUAAUUAUUUUAUGUAAUAAAUUAAAUUGUCCUGAGUGGUACCACGUAA